ACCUUUGCUACAAUAGGAAAUGCGAAAUUUUGAUGCGUAAACGCACGCCUUAAAACGAAGGUCGCCAUGAUUAGAUGACCUACCGCAGAUGAUAACGCGGCAAAACACAUUCAGCACUAAAUGUGAAGACACUUCUUCCCGUCGAUGCUUACUGUCGCCAUAGCAGCGAUACAACAUGGCGGCCCUCGAGCUGAGAACCUCAAAUGAAUCACCUCAGCCAAACGACCAUUACAUUCACUUAGAUGAAGAUUUGGAUUUGUACGCCCCAGAAACUGACAUUCUUACGCUAGAAAACCUUGUUCCAUCACCAUAUGUUCCCGAUGAAGAUGACGCUACUCUCCAAAACUCGGAUUCGUUUACGAAAGCUGCCGACGACAACGAUGAUGUUGAGUUGUCACCUGGUGGUAUCCUUGAUGAAGAAACAGUUGCCAGAGGGUUGUCCAACCUAGGACUAUCAGCAGAUGGAAUAUACCAGGUUUACCUUGAUGUCACAAUUCCAGGCUUCAGUUUGGUGGAUAUCGGAGUAUUGGGAGAAUUUGCUCAUUUACAGAGGGUGGAAAUCUCCCACAACAAUAUCUCUGACCUUUCACCACUGAGCAAGUUACCAUACUUGUUAUACUUGAAUGCCUCCCACAACAACAUCUCUCAGCUGCUCAACUUUGCCCCUCCCUUCAACCUUCUUGAGGUUGAUCUGUCCUACAAUCAGAUCAACAAUAUGAGUGAUCUCUCAGCCCAUCAUGCACUGAGGAAGCUUGUUUUGGACAAUAAUCUCAUCACUGAGAUCAAAGGGCUAGAGAACUGCCAGUGCUUGAAGAGCCUAAGUCUUGCACACAAUCAUUUGGAAGCCAUACAGGGGCUCGACAAUCUUCCUCUGCAGUACCUUAAUCUGUGUCAUAACAUGAUCAAAAGAAUUGAAAAUAUUGGAUCCUUGAAUAACCUCAGGAAUCUGAAUUUAUCUGGAAACAAAGUGCGAAGUUUGCAGGGUCUUGAAGGCCACAAUGUUCUUGAGUCCAUUGAUCUGGAGGAUAAUGAGGUCAUCGAUAUUGUGGAAAUUCAGCACAUCCAGCAGUUGGGAAUGUUGCGUGAACUGAACCUUCUUCGCAAUCCUAUCCAGGAAUUGCCAUAUUAUCGCUUGGCCAUCCUUUUCCACAUUCCUAGACUUUGUCUACUUGAUCGCCAUAAAGUGGAAGUUGAAGAAAAGGUGUCUGCAAAGAACACCUUCGAUGCAUCACUGGAAGUGAUAGCAGCUAGAGAUCACAUUAUGCAUGUUGUAUACAGCUUCCUCCAGCCUCAGCGUAUUUGGGACAGUACUUUGCCCAGUGUGGAGACCCCAUACCCAAUGUUGGUACUAGUGGGACCUCAGGGAAGUGGGAAAAAGGAAUUGUCGAUGAAGCUGGUGGAAGAAUUUGCUGACUACUUUGGAUAUGGUGUUUCACACACAACUCGCCUACCACGUCCUCAUGAAGAAAAUGGUAAAGACUACUACUUUGUGUCUUUGGAAAGGUUUGAAAUAGACGUCAAAAUGGGUCAGUUCAUCCAAACACAUAAAAUUGAUGAUACGUGGUAUGGGCUACAGAUGGAAUCUAUAGAGUGUGUGGCCAGAGAAGGGUUGGCUUGUGUCAUCCACAUGGAGCUGGAGGGUGUGUUGACACUUAAGAAUACCUACUUUGAACCUCGAUAUGUUCUCAUCAUUCCACUGGAAAAAGAAGCAUAUGAGCGGCGUUUGCAACAAUGUGGCCUAUACACUGAAUCACAGAUUGAGCACAUACUCAGGCGUGCAGACCUUUAUUGCAAGUACAACCAGGACCACCCAGGCUUUUUUGAUAUGAUGAUCAGCAGUGAGGACAUAGCUGAAGCAUACCAUAAGUUGCGAAGACUGGUAAUGGAUUACCUGGGUAUCAGUUCUCUAUCACCUGUCGCACAAGCAAACAACAUGAAUGAAGCAGGUAAAAGUGAGACACAGCAUGCUGCUUCAGGAGAGACAUCUACCAAUCAAACAACAGGUCAAUCUCGGCCAAAGCUCUCAGGGACUGAGCACACUUCACCAACAAGAUGUCAUGUCAGUUCUGCUGUAGGAAAAGGAAUUGUGGAGGAAGAAUCUAUUAGACGACGUCAAAGUGCUGCCAAGGAGGUUGUUACUGGAUAUGUUCCCCCCAUUUACGAACAGCUGCUUGCACAGUAUCCACGAAUGACACCCGAACAGCAAGGAGUCAGCAGGACUUGGACAAUGACAGUGAUGCACUCAUCAAUAAUAAUGCCAACUCGUCUAACAUGCCACAUGUUCCAAUCAUCCCAGGCCAGCAUGCUCUCACCACCAGCAGCACCUCCCAAAGCUCCAGUCUAUCUGACCUUGACUCUGCCACAGAAUUUCAGCAUCUCUCACCCCGGAUAAAUAGCAGACCCCAGGCACCAGACUCCAAUCCAAACCUUGUGCUGUCCAAGAGGAUCAGCCCUCUUGAUCUGGUCCUUGACAGUGAGCUUGGUUCUCUGACCCAGAGAAAUAUUCAUGAGCCAAGACCACCUUCCACAUCCAGGAUGAUAGGCUCAGGACAAGGAAGCCGACCUGGGUCAAACAGGCACAAAAUCUUGCCCCCUAUUGUUGCCCAGUAAUGACAAACAGUGAUUGGCAUGGUAAUGCUAGAAGAGAUUUGCACGGAACAUUGACAGCUUCCAGCAGACAUUUGAUUUUGACAAUUAAAACUAAAAACUUUACGAUCAAAUUAAAAAUGAAUUUAAAAAUCCUUUCUCAAGAUAUAAAUGGAAUGUUCUGAACAUUCAUGUAUAGCUGAGGUUUUUUUUUAAAAAAGGUACUUUUGUUUUCUGCGAGUUAUAUGAGAGGAUCAUUGCAUGACUCUUUAUUUGGAAAUACACUACAAAACUUUAUAAAAUGCUAAAUAAAGACCACAAAAAAGUAUUGCUAGAUAUUAUCAUGUGAUAUUCUGUAACAUAUUUUAGUAUUUCUAAUACUUAGAGAAAUGCUGUAAUGGCAUUAAUAUCAAACCUAAAUAAAUUAUGACAUAUUGCAGUAA